CUCUAAAGUCUUAGGAGCCACACGUUUGAGCAAAGAGACAAAACAGCAAGAACAACACAAUGGGGAUUAAAGAUUUUGUUUUUUUUUUUUAAUUGGAACGAACAAGAAUGGUCAAGAUGAUAGGAGAGAAGAAUGGAGAGAGCAGAAGAAGAAGAAGAGGCAAAGGAGGAGGAGGAGGAGUCAAGGAGAAAGGUUGAAGACGGGAGAGAAGAAGACGGUAAACUAAGAAGAGUGAAAGCAGAAGUGAAGAGACAGCUAUGGUUGUCUGCUCCAUUGAUAGUUGUGAGUUUACUUCAGUUCUGUCUGCAACUAAUCUCUGUAAUGUUCGUCGGCCAUCUCGGCUCUCUCCCUCUCUCCGCCGCCUCCAUCGCCACUUCCUUCGCCUCCAUCACCGGCUUCAGCCUCCUCAUGGGAACAGCGAGUGCGUUGGAUACGUUAUGUGGCCAAUCUUAUGGAGCCAAAGUGUACAAUAUGCUAGGCAUACAUAUGCAGAGAGCAAUGGUUGUUCUUCUCAUACUAUGUUGUCCCCUUUCCAUCAUCUGGGCUAACACAGAACACUUCCUCCUGUUCUUGCAUCAAGACAAAUCCAUCGCCAAAUCCGCGGGUUCUUAUUCCUUGUUCAUGAUCCCGAGCCUAUUCGCCUACUCGCUCCUUCAGUGCCUCAACAGAUUCUUACAGUCUCAGAACAAUGUCUUCCCCCUGGUGUUGUGUUCAGGAAUUACUGCUCUUCAGCACUUUGUUAUUUGUUGGGCCUUGGUGUUUAAAUCUGGUUUAGGACACAAGGGAGCUGCUCUCGCCAACUCGGUUUCCUACUGGUUGAACGUCAUUCUCCUGUCGUGUUACGUCAAGUUCUCGUCUUCUUGCUCGGAAACUUGGACAGGUUUUUCCGUGGAGGCUUUACAUAACGUCCUCGCUUUCAUAAAGCUCGCUGUUCCUUCUGCACUUAUGGUUUGCUUGGAGAUGUGGUCGUUUGAGCUUCUUGUUCUCUUAUCAGGUCUUCUCCCUAACCCUGUCUUAGAAACCUCGGUCCUUUCGAUCUGUCUAAACACUGCAGCUGCAAUCUGGAUGAUCUCAUUUGCACUAAGCGGCGCUGCAAGCACGAGGGUUUCGAACGAGUUAGGAGCGGGGAAACCCGAGGCGGCGAAGCUGGCAGCUCGAGUGGUCAUAUCCAUGGCGAUCGUGGAGGGUAUUAUGGUCGGAUCAGUGUUGUUACUGAUAAGAAACGUAUGGGGAGAAGCGUACAGUAACGAAGCGGAAACGAUCAGAUACAUAGCGAGAAUGAUGCCGAUCCUCGCCUUAUCGAAUUUCCUCGACAGCCUCCAAUCCGUACUCUCUGGGUUUUUUUUUGGGUUAGGGAUUGCUAGAGGAUGUGGAUGGCAGAAGGUUGGAGCUUUCGUCAAUCUCGGAUCUUAUUAUCUUGUCGGAGUUCCUUCGGCAUUGUUCUUCGGAUUCUUGUUGCAUUUCCAUGGACGGGGUCUUUGGCUUGGAAUUAUAUGUUCUCUCAUUGUUCAAGUCUUGGGUCUCUCUUUCAUCACCAUCCGUACAGAUUGGGAUGAAGAGGCCAAAAAUGCUGCAAACAGAGUUGGACGUACAAAUACAGAAGAUUUGGAGGUCGGCGAACCAACUGGACUCUAACAAAAGAUUUUCAGAAAUUUCAUUCUUCCUCCCAAAUAUAUAAUAUAAAUGGAAUAUGUAAUUUAAAUUUUGAUACAAUCUUUAGUGAAAAACAACAAACACAUAACAAUA